AUGUACAUUUUCUUGGGGGCAUUCAAGAAUGGUUUCAAGGCUGGGUGUAGAUUAGCGAUUGGGUUGGAUGGAGCACAUAUAAAGAGUUGUUUUGGAGGUCAACUUCUGACUGCUGUAGCUUUGGAUGCUAAUAACACUUCAUGGGUUGUGGGAUAUGCAAUGGGAGAGAUGGAAAGUAAGGAUUCUUGGAUCUGGUUUCUUGAGCUGUUCGUGAAGGAUUUGGAUAUUGACCAUGAAGGAGCAGGCUGGACAUUUAUUUCAGAGAAACAAAAAGGUUUGAAACCUGCUUUUGAGUUGGUUGUCCCAGCUGCCCGAAUUAGAUUUUGUGCAAGGCAUUUAUGGACCAACUUUACCAAGUUGUUUCCUGGUAAAGUAAUGAAAGAUCAGAUGUGGAAGUGUGCAAAGGCAACGACUUUGCCUUACUUUCAGAAAGAAAUGGAAGAGAUGAAGUCCCUAGAUCAGGACGCCUAUAAUUGGUUGACAGAACCCGAGAGGCCUCCUCAACAUUGGUCUAGAGCAUACUUCACAAAUGGUAACGAUUGUGAUAUCCUCAUAAACAACAUGUGUGAAAGCUUUAACAGCUUCAUUUUGGAGUCAAGAGGCAAGCCACCUUUGACUAUGUUUGAAGAGAUAAGGUGGAAGUUAAUGAAUAGGAAUAAGAUUAGAAGGGAUAAAAUGGAGGCCUACCAUGGAAAUAUAUGCCCCAAGCCAAGGAAUAUUUUAGAGAAGAACAAGAUCAAGACUGUAACAGACUGCAUUGCAACAUUCAAUGGUGGUGACAGAGCAGAAGUGGAGAAUAUUGAGGGAUCCAAGAAUGUUGUGGACCUCCUUGAGAGGACAUGCAGUUGUAGGAGGUGGGAUUUGACUGGAAUCCCGUGUAAGCAUGCCGUUGCUGCAAUAUAUGGGAAGAGGGAAAACCCGGAUGACUAUGUCGCAUCUUGCUACCUGAAGAAGACUUAUUUGAAUCAAGCUAUCUUACCUCCGGAAUAUUCAAGGCAGCCUAGGAGGCCAAAAACGAAGAGGAUUAAGGAUGCUUCAGAAAAAGAGAUAAAUGGUGGUACUAAACUUCAAAGAGUGCAAAGAUCCUUGAGGUGUAGCAACUGUGGCCAAGUAGGACACAAUCUGAAAACAUGUCAGCGACAUUUGCCACCAAAGGAAAAGAAGGCUGCUGCUCUUUCUAAGAAGAGGAAGGUGAAUGGUGAAGCAGGACAAGGUUCUGAAAAUCAGUCCAAGAAAGGCAAAACAGGUCCCUUGACUGCAAAUGAGUUGAGGGCGAAAGCUAGAGAAAGAGCUGAAUAUCAAAGGAAAAAGAUGGCUGCAUUGAAGGCAUCAAGGUUGGCAGCAAACAUGGCUGCUUCAACAAGGGGUAGGCCUAAGCAAGCUACAAGUGCUCCAACAAGCUCACGGCCUGCACAAGCUACAUCUACAACCACUAAUUCAAGGGCUCCACAAGCUUUUGGGAGAUAA